AUGGCUACUUCACAAACUUCACGAACAGUAGCAUCACAGGUGCCUUUUGCAGAUUUGUGUUCAACUUUAGAACGAAUACAAAAAAGUAAGUCCCGUCCAGAAAAAAUCAAAUACUUCAAGGAAUUUUUAGAUUCAUGGCGGAGAUUUCAUGAUGCUCUUCAUAAAAAGGAAAACGAAGUCACAGACUCUUUUUAUCCAGCCAUGAGACUUAUUCUUCCCCAACUAGAACGAGAGAGGAUGGCCUAUGGAAUUAAAGAAACUAUGUUUGCUAAGCUUUAUAUUGAGCUGCUUAAUUUACCAAAAGAAGGAAAAGAUGCUCAGAAACUUUUAAACUACAGAACACCAACUGGAACUCAUGGAGAUGCUGGAGACUUUGCAAUGAUUGCAUACUUUGUGUUGAAGCCACGAUGUCCAAAGCAAGGGAGCUUAACAAUACAGCAAGUUAAUGACGUUUUAGACUUGAUUGCUAGCAACAAUUCAGCCAAAAGAAAAGAUCUGGUAAAGAAGAACCUCCUUCAGCUCAUAACUCAGAGUUCAGCUCUUGAACAAAAGUGGCUUAUCCGAAUGAUUAUAAAGGAUUUAAAACUUGGUUUUAGCCAACAAACUAUAUUUUCUCUUUUUCACAGAGAUGCUGCUGAGCUGCAUAGUGUUACAACUGAUCUGGAAAAAGUCUGCAGACAACUUCAUGAUCCUUCAAUUGGACUCAGUGAUAUUUCAAUCACAUUAUUUUCUGCUUUUAAACCAAUGCUAGCUGCUGUGGCAGAUAUUCAGCGGAUCGAGAAGGACAUGAAACACCAGAGUUUCUACAUAGAAACAAAACUAGAUGGUGAGCGUAUGCAAAUGCACAAAGAUGGAGAUGUAUACAAGUUCUUUUCUCGAAAUGGAUAUGAUUACACUGAACAGUUUGGUGACUCUUCCCUUAAUGGUUCUUUAAUACCAUUUAUUCAUAAAGCUUUCAAGACAAACAUACAAAACUGUAUUCUUGAUGGUGAAAUGAUGGCCUAUAAUCCCAAUACACAAACAUUCAUGCAGAAGGGAAGUAAGUUUGAUAUUAAAAGAAUGGUAGAGGAUUCUGAUCUACAGACAUGUUAUUGUGUUUUUGAUGUGUUGAUGGUAAAUAACAAAAAACUGGGGCAUGAGACCCUGAGAAAAAGGUAUGAAAUUAUUAGUACUGUCUUUACACCAAUAAAAGGUAGACUUGAAGUGGUACAGAAAACAGAGGCAAACACCAAAAAAGAAGUCAUUGAUGCAUUAAAUGAAGCAAUAGAUAAACGAGAGGAGGGGAUCAUGAUUAAAAAUCCACUUUCCAUUUACAAGCCAGAUAAACGUGGUGAAGGAUGGUUAAAAAUUAAGCCAGAAUAUAUAAAUGAGUUAAUGGAUGAACUGGAUAUUUUAAUUGUUGGUGGCUAUUGGGGUAAAGGUUUGAGAGGAGGAAUGAUGUCUCAUUUUUUGUGUGCAGUAGCAGAAACACCUCCUCCUGGUGAAAAACCAUCUGUGUUUUAUACUCUUUGUCGUGUUGGUUCUGGAUAUACCAUGAAAGAACUAUAUGAACUUGGUUUGAAAUUAUCCAAAUACUGGAAACCUUUUCAUAAAAGAGCUCCACCAAAUAGCAUCUUAUGUGGUACAGAGAAACCAGAAGUUUACAUUGAACCUUGUAAUUCUGUCAUUGUUCAGGUUAAAGCAGCAGAAAUUGUCAGCAGUGAUAUGUAUAAAACUAAUUGUACACUACGAUUCCCUCGAAUUGAAAAGAUAAGAGAAGAUAAAGAGUGGUACAAGUGUAUGACUCUAGAUGAAUUAGAAAAUCUCAGAGGGAAAGCAUCUGGAAAGCUUGCUUCUAAACACCUCUCUAUAGAUGGUGAUGAUGAAGAACCACAGGGGAAAAAAAGGAAAGCUAUUAAGGUUAAGAAAACUAUCGGAAUCAUUGAACACUUAAAAGCUCCUGAUCUUUCUAACAUAAACAGAAUUUCUAAUGUAUUUGAAGAUGUGGAAUUUUGUGUUAUGACUGGAACAGACAGCCUUUCAAAACCCGAUCUGGAGAGUCGCGUAGCUGAGUUAGGUGGUUAUAUUGUACAGAACCCUGGCCCAGAUACAUACUGUGUCAUUGCAGGUACUGAGAAUGUGAGAGUGAAAAAUAUCAUCUCUUCAAACAAACAUGAUGUUGUAAAGCCAGAGUGGCUCUUAGAGUGUUUUAAGGCCAAAGAAUGUGUGCCAUGGCAGCCUCAAUUUAUGAUUCACAUGUGUCCUUCCACAAAAGAACACUUUGCCUGUGAAUAUGACUGCUAUGGUGACAGUUACUUUGCUGAUACAGAUCUGGUACAACUGAAGGAAGUAUUCUCAAGAAUUAAAAAUGUUAAGGAAGAGAGUCCUAAAGAAAUGGCUUCAGUAAUUGCAGAUUUAGAAUAUAGAUAUUCUUGGGACAACUGCCCUCUCAGUAUGUUCCGACGCUGCACCAUAUAUGUGGAUAUGUAUGCUAUUAUUAAUGACCUCACUACACCAAUCCAGGGAUCCAGACUAUCAAUUAGAGCCCUGGAGCUGCGGUUCUAUGGAGCAAAAGUCGUUUCAUGUUUAGAAGAAGGAGUGUCCCAUGUAAUCAUUGGAGAAAAUCAUAGUCAUGUUGAGGAAUUCAAAACUUUCCGUAGAACUCUUAAGAGAAAGUAUAAAAUCUUACAAGAACUUUGGGUAACUGAUUCUCUGAAAAAGGGUGAAUUGCAGGAAGAAAAUCAUUACUUGAUAUGA